UGUUGUUGUCACUAUUUCCGGAAGAGAAAUGGCUGCCGCUCUAGCUGUAGUGGAGACACCGUCCGGGAAAGAUGCAAUUGCAGAAGGACUGCUUGACCUCUUAAAACCAGCUGUCCAGCAGCUUGAUCUUCAUGUACACUCAGUGAGGGAAAGCCAGGUGGAACUACGAGAACACAUAGACAAUCUAGCCACAGAGCUGUGCAGGAUAAAUGAGCACCAGAAGGUGGUGCUAGACCUGGACCCCUAUGUGAAAAAGCUGCUGAAUGCGAGACGCAGGGUGGUGCUGGUCAACAACAUACUACAGAAUGCUCAGGAACGGCUGCGACGGCUCAAUCACAACGUCGCCAAGGAGACGGCGCGUCGAAAGACCAUGCUGGAGACUUCUGGAGCGUUCACUCCUCGGUCGCCUAGUAAACCAUGACCACAGCCCCACUCCUCAGCCUGGAAAACAACACAACUUGUCUGCCUUCCUCCUGGACUUAAUAAAGUUUUCACAUUCAACUUUCCACUGAGGUUGGGCGGUAUCCAGAUUUUCAUACCGUUCCUGUACCAUACCGGGGUAUACAGGAUUACCGUCAGUGUGCACAAGGGGCGCUAUUUAUUUUCAAAUGUAAAAAGUGUGUAUAUAUAUAUAUGGGGUGUUGGGGUCCCAACAAAUGAUAACAAAUUACUAGUGAAUUCCCAUAGCGAAUGCUAACAAGCGCAAGCUAACAUAAAUUAAUUGCAAGGACAGAUAACCAUCUCAAAAAGGCUACUCACAGUUUGCUGUAGUACAAAACAUUAAAUAGCAGGGAUCUUGAUCCAGUAGGGAUUAAUUGUCUUUGCUGGAGCCCUGAGAUGGUGAUAAUUUAUUUGGCACAUCAUAGAUGGUUAACUUAUAUUUAUAAGCAGUGGCAUAGCAGACGGUAUUGAAAAUCAUACCAUCUGUAUUUCAAAAUGUCCCGGCAUACGGUAUGUUCCCCAAGCCUACAUUCUCACAGACUAAGGCUAUGCUCAUUUUACCUGCUGAAACGCCGACCUCACCUCUGCUUUGUGCUAAUGUAUCAACGUGUACAUAUUUUGUAUAGUCAUAAAUUACUAAUUUACAAUAAGCCAAAAGCAAUUAGAAACAGGAAUGCUUUGCUUCAGAAACGGACACAACUUGAUACAAUGUUAAGAGUGUGCAAGCUAAAAUUAGAAUUGCAAAUAAAAAUAAAAAUCAUUUGAAAGCGA